AUGAAUAGCAGUGAAAAAGUCGAACUUAUUCUUAUUUUUGGUGAAUGUAAUCGUAAUUCUCGACAAGCAGCUCGGGUGUACGCAGAUCGAUAUCCAAAUAGGUAUCAUCCACAUCAUAAUUAUGUCGUUAGACUUUUACGUGGAUUAAGUGAAAACGGUCAAUUUCCUAGCAAUGAAAUCAGACAACGGCAGCCUAGACCAAAUAAUUUUGAUGAAGACACUGAAUUGCAGGUAAUGGCCUACAUACGUGCUUAUCCACGAUCAUCAAUAAGACAUGUAUCUCGUGAAAUUGGUGUGUCAGUUGUUGCAGUACAUACAAUUUUGAAAAAAAACAAAAUGCACGCAUAUAAACCCGAGUUUGUUCAACAUUUACGAAUCGGAGAUUCUGAACGUAGAUUACAAUUGUUGUCAUGGUUUAGCGUUCAAUUUGAAAUCGACAAUUUAUUUUAUAAAAAUAUUUUGUGGACUGAUGAAUCUAAAUUCACAAACAAUGGUACAGUUUGGGGUGUAAAUGUGUGGUGUGGAUUAAUUGGUAGAAUACUUUUAGGUCCUUAUUUUUACGAUGGAACACUUUCAGGUAGAAGAUAUCUAGAUUUUCUUGUUAAUCAAUUACCGUUACUGCUAGAAGAUGUUUCAUUAGCCACGCGGGAAAAUAUGUAUUUUCAACAAGACGGUGCACCAGCACACAACGCCAUCAUUGUUAAAAAUUAUUCAAAUAAAUUUUUUCCUAACCGAUGGAUUGGUACCCAUGGAGUAAUUCCAUGGCCAGCAAGAUCUCCAGACUUGACCCCAUUGGAUUUUUUUUUAUGGGGGCAUUUAAAAAAUGUUGAAUAUGAAGAUCCACCUAUUAAUCUCCAAGAUUUAAAAAACAAAAUACGACUGGCUUGUAGUAAUUUGAGAAGAGAACAAAUAAACGCUGCCACAUCAACGGAAUUAUUAAAACGUUUGGAAUCAUGUUUGGAACAUCAAGGUGGAAACUUCGAACAAUUUAUUAGAUAG